UAUAAAUUGAUCGCAUAAAGUCAAUCAUAAUGAAGUAUAUAUUACGUUUAAAGGAUUAUAACACCGUUGAUUUCAUUUCAAUAUGGUGACAUAUUAGCUAAUCAGUAGACAACUUUUGACAGAAAUUCGUUUGGUUGAUAAACCGUUAUCAUCAUGAAUAGGUUGUCGUUAAAGGCAGAUGAUAUGUACGUGUUCAGUCUUCGUUGAGAGCGGGUAACGAACGAAUAACAACAUGGCGGAGAAAGAUUCUGAUUUAAUAUACGAAAUUUGCUGUGGAUUUUGUGAAGACUACACAAUAAAAAGAGAAGCUACAUUUUACUGUAAGCAAUGUUCGGAAGGUUUCUGUCACGAAUGUGUUAAGUAUCAUAACAUUCUUUUUAAAACUCACUCCACCUAUGGAAGAGAAGACAAGAAGAAGUGGUCUGUUGCCAAGGCAAAAUUAGAGGCUUUGAUGUUAUGCGAACAACAUCCAGACCACCGCAUAGAGCUGUUUUGUGAAGAUCAUAGUAAACUGUGUUGUCAUCUUUGUCACUCCCAUAAUCACAGACAGUGCAGCAAAAUUAACCUGAUUGGUGUAAAAGCAAAAGCAAUGCAUCAAAAGGGUGAUUUACGUAAAUGUUCAGCAACGAUUGAGUUAGAACAAAUCACAAUCGAGCACGAAAUAGAUGUCAUCAAUAAAAGACUGCAGAGAUUGCGAACCACGCGUGAAAAGGCGCAUGCAGAUAUAAAAUUGGCGCGUUACCAACUAAAUGACAUUUUAGACACGCUUGAAAGAAACAGUGUACAGUCACUUAACACUGUGUACGAAACGCUACAGAAAUCGCUUCACUCACAUCUUUCAAUAUGUUUGAAAGCGAAAGAUGAUUUACAGCUUAUAAAACAUUCCAUAAAGGAUAUCGAUGAUGAGAAGUAUUUACUGUCAUUUGUGUCAAUUGCGAAGUCAAUGGAAUUGGUUUCAAAGGCGCAGGUGAUGUUAAAAGAAAUGCCAGAACAAAAGCAUAGUGUCGUUGAAUUUCGAUCUAACAAAGCUAUUGAACAAAUGCUGUUCUGUCUCUCGGGACUUGGUGACGCGAUAGAAAUGAAGCAAGAGGGAAAAGCAGGUGAGAUAUUGAAAUGUAACAACAAAACAAUGUACGAUGUACACAUUACUCGAGAUGUAAAUUAUUGCGAUAUUUCAGGCAUAUGUGAGUUAUCGAGUGGAUACAUGCUCAUCUCGGACUAUAGCAACUGCCGUGUGAAAUUACUUGAUAUCGAAUUCAAAGUAAUCUCUUACUUCAACCUGCCUGCCAUUCCAUGGGACAUGUGCAGUGUAAGUCCUAAUGAGGUUGCUGUCAUCGUGGAUACUAUUAAAGAUACUAUUAAAAAACAUUCAGUCCAGUUUUUAAGUGUCAACAAAAGAAAGAUACGGAAAGGAAAUACGCUGGUAUUACAACAUACAUGUCAUGGUAUUGCGCACUUUGACGGUGAUUUGUUUAUCACAUCAUGUACUGCCUUGUAUCAGUACAAACUGAAUGGCGAGCUGGUGAAGAAGAUAUACGAAGAUACUUCUGAUGAAUUCACAGUGUACAAGUGUUCGGUGUUUCCUGAUGGAUCACGGCUGUAUGUGACGGACUUAAGUCACGACAAGCUCCUGACGCUGUCUAUUGAUGGAACUGUUCUAUCAUCCUUUAAAGAUCCUGCACUUCAAGGUCCUACAGGUGUACAUGUGUCAGAGACAGGAAUGCUGCUGGUUUGUGGUUGGUCUCUCAAUGUAAUCCAGGUGGAUGGAGAGGGAGGUGUGGUGACGCUGGCAUCAAAAGAGGAUGGUCUUAAAAAUCCACAGUCCGUUUACUACAGUGCGAGUAGUAAAAGGUUGUUAGUUGGACACAAAAGUGACGAAAUUCUGGUGAUCGACACAGAGUGAGUUUAGAAGAGAUUUUUUAAUGAACGACAGUCUGGCUAAUGUAUUAAUGACGUAUUAAUAUAGUGUUAAAUUAAGUUUAAUUAAACCAGACAUCCAGCAGGUCAUAAGCCCAAGUGGACAAAGUAACUGUAUAAUGUUUAAAAGUAAAUAAUUCAUGAUUAUACAAAGUAAUACAUUGAAUUGCAACAAUACAUUAAUGUUUUUAUUCAAUAUUGGGUCUGUGCAUUACACGUAUCAGAACGUAUAUCUAAAUUUGGAAAAUAACUGUCGAUAAUACAGUCAAAACUGACCGAAUGGUCACUUGAGAAUAACGGUCAAUUGCAGACAAUGGUCAGUCUGGAUUCCCCCAACGAAAGUCACUAUAUAUUACACUUGAAAAUUACGGCCAAUUGUCCAUAACGGCCAGUAUAUUUAUCUCCAACAGUUAUAUUUGAACUGAAUAAAACGGUCACACGUCAGUCGUUUCGAGUUGCGAAAAUUAAGAACACAAACGAAACAGGUGCACGUAACAAUACGAAUGUGUAUAAGAAGCAAUUAUCGGCUGCAUUCGUAACGACUAAGCAUAAGCGCGUGACAAAGUCAAUAGAUCUUUAUUGCUGAUAAGGUGUUAAAAACAACACUAUGCUGGCGAACUAAAAAUUUUGAAGAAGAUUUUGGCGUUUUUGAAUUAGAACGAUACAGUUAUACCGUACUUUCGGUUUAAUACAGCGAACCCGCUUUUAUAUUUGUUCGGACGUGACGUCAAUGGCGCGUGACAAUCGACUUAAAAUACAUUCUAAUUAAUGUAAUUAAUACGAAUUCUCGGAUUAACUGAAUGAACGAGAUGCAUGAGUAACAAGAAUUAUAUCGUUGAUAAAGUCAUAUAUUCGGGUUUAAAAUAGUUAAGAAAUUCAAUCAAUUUAUAAGUCAUUAUUAUGUAUAAUUUAAUAGAAAUUAUUUAUGUAAUUAUGCUUAGGCAAAGUAAUCGGCAAUAAGCCUUUGUUUUACACUGUGUGCGAACGACUGGUUGAGGUAUUGACGUGGCAACACUACCAACUGACCAACCAUCUAAAAAGGGUGAUCCGAGAAACGCAGUCACUCGUUGACAACGGUCACUUUUGUCAUUUCCCUUGACUGACCGCUGUUCUCAGAUUUGCCUGUUUAUCUAUGAUUAACUGUGUGGUAUAACAUUAAAUUGAAAUGAAGAUAAUUAGUUACAACACAAUAUCAAAUGUAUUGUAUUUUACAUAGGUCUACAUAUGGUAAAUUGCAAUAAUAAUACUUUGUUUUGAGCCAAAGUAACAAAAUUAAUUUCAUCGAUGCCCAUACGUAUAAUACUAGUAUGAAUAGAAGUAUGUAUAUGUAUAUAGAAAUAGAGUAAUACUUGAUAGCAAAAGAACUGUAUUUGAAUACUUAGCUAUUUUAUAGUUAGCUGUACUAAAAUACAAUUACAGCUCAUGAAAGUAACAAUAACAUUAGUAUUAGCCAGUGCUUUCUACCUAUACGAAACGAGACUAUAGGUACCCAAAAGGUCACAGUACAUGCAAUCUAUGAGAAGGGCAUCUUAUAAAAAAUAUAUAUAGACACUUUUAAUUGUGUACACAUCUAAAUAAGGCUAAAAUUUGAUAAUGACAAUGUUUGUAUAAAAAAAUUGUCUAUACUUUAGUUGCACAAUCUCUCAUUUCAGGUUUGAAUAAAAUUAUUACGAAAUAAUCUUCGUUUAGCCUUUGAAAUAAACACAUUGUAAUUUCCGACGUCUUGGACAAAUCAACCCCCUUAAAAUCCUAAGUUGCAAAGAAAGUUCUUUAGUAAUGAACACCAGUUUAUUUUAUUAUGAUGAACAAAACAAUAUGCUUAGAAUAAUGAAAUCCUUGUUGCAAUUAUUAAACUACGUUUAUACAUUAUGUGGUCACUAUGUAUUAACCUCAUCCUGUGACAUUCUCACUAAACAUGUUGUAUUUAAUUCCUUUUUAAAUCGAUCUUUCUUCGAAAUGACGUAUGUUUGUAUUUAAUAGAAACGCAUGCUAUUGUAUGUUUUUGGCGAUGAGCUGUUUAUAAGCUUAAGUCGUAAUAAAUUAAUUUGCUAUGUCCUGUUGUGUUAUAAAGUUUUGACGUCAUACUAUACAGAAUAGGAUCCCGUAUACUUAAUGUUAUUGUCCCAUGCCGGUGAAACCGGAGGGGACUUAUGGUUUGCGCUCUGUCCGCCUUUCUGUCAGUCUGUCUGUCAGACUGUCCGUCACACUUUUCUAGAUCCUGCGAUAACUUUAAAAGUUCUUCAUAGUUUUUCAUGAAACUUAAAACAUGGAUAGAUGACAAUAUGGAGACUAUGCACGUCAUUUCAUUUUGUUCCUACGUAAAUAAUUCCGGUCGCUUUGGCAACAAAUAUUUAAACAAUCUGACAAGGGUGGAGUUUCACCGGUAGGGAUCCAUAUAUUGCUUGGCAAUCUCUUGUUAAUUUAUAACAUACAUUAUCACGGACAAUAGAAUCAAAUAAACAGUACCAUUGUGUACCGUGAUUUAAAAUGUGAUUUAUGAGACUGUGUGACAUAAAAAUUUUACCAAGUGUGCUAAUUUAAGACUUUAAUCCCGCCUUUGUAUUGGCCUUGGUCUCUUUACAAACACAGAAGUUCCUGCCCAAACAGACGAUACGUGGUCUAUCCUGUCAAUAAAGACCACGUAAGGGAUUUGGUCGUUGUGGUCUUUGUUCACAGGUGGUCUUUAUUCGCAGGGUCGAUUGAAACUUUGCAAAAUAUGCUAGUAGGAUUUUAACAGAUACCUUAUCUAUGUAUGUGCUCUAUUGCUUAAAUGGUUGAAUACUAGUGCAUGUAUAAUGUCAUAAAGGAUUGAAAACACA